CAUAGAUGCACGCAUGUGAUCGAGUCCUUGCACGCUUCUUAACGCAUGAUGAACGGAGAGGGAUCCGCACCGUGCAAUAUUCAUACUUUGAUCAUCAUUAACUUAAUAAUAAUAAAUACGAGCAGUCGCCGGAGAGUGGUUUCUGAAGAGGAUGAGCAAGAUAUGAUAGAGUGCAUGUCGCCGGAGGAGAUCGGCCGGUACCGCGCCGUCGCCCAGCAGAACUCUGUAGAGUCCAUCAGGGCGGCCGAGGAGCGGUACGAGAAGGCCAAGCAAGCCGGUGCCGGGGUCCUCCACGGGACCAGAGACACCGUCGCCCAUGGCCUCGGUGCUGCGGGGCUCUGGGCCGCCGCUAUGGGCACCGAGGCCAAGGACAGGGCUGCUCAUGGGGCUCGUGCUGCCGCUGAGUACACCACCGAGAAGGGGUCCCUGGCCAAGGAUUACGCGGCUGAGAAGGCCCAUGCCGUGGCGGAGGUUGCCGCGUAGCAGGCUUCUUCGGUGAAGGAUACGACCGUCGAAAAGAGCCGUCAGGGGCUCGAGGUCGCAAAGGAUGCCGCCGUGAGUGCAGGCGAGUCCGCCAUGGACUACGCAGAGCAGGCCGCGUUGAAGGCCAAGGAUGUCGCUGUGAGUACCGGCGAGACCGCGAGGGAGGCAGCGACGAAGACGAAGGACGCCACGGCGAGUGCGGGCGACACAGAAGGCAGAGGAGGCAAUAGAAGCAGCCAAGAGAGCCCUAGACUCAAGAAGCACUUACUACAUCAUUCAUCGUCUUGAGCUUGGUGAUAUUGAUCUGCAUUUCCGAUCUAAA